CUGUCAUCGAUGGAGGUCCCACUGUAUAUAACAGAGUCUUGGAUGAGCUGCUAAACAACCACCACAACGAAGACGAUGUCGACGACGAAAGCAACCAUUCGCCCGCUUGUCAUAGGCACCUUUUCGACGGCGGAAAGUCUGGAAAAGAUGCGGGAGCUGAUUAUUCGCGACGGCAAAGAGCAUCACUGUUUCUCCAACGACCGCGGGCUUCAUAACCACCUUUCCCACCACCUUGUCGCAGCGUGUGACAUGGGAGCGACCCCGAAGCAGCUCGAGGAAAUAUACGAGAAGGAGGCACGGGGAGAGCGUCCCAUUGGGGACACUGGGGUUCCGGUGGACGAGAUGCGAUGGCAAGCAAGGCUGGGAGAUCGGAACGCCUAUGGUGCUUACCUCGUGUUCUUCUCAGACCAGAUCGCGAAAAAGGGUGUGACCAAGACACUCGAGGACUGGUUGAUGGCUGCGCCAGCUAAUUUCAACGGCACAUCGAUGUUUUCGCGUUUCUUCGGCGGCGCGUUGCAUCCUCUUCUCCAUGUCGGGUUCGGUGUGGAACUGGGCUUGGACUCACUGGUUGCUCAAGGGCUUGCUAUGUGCGCCACAACCGAAGGAGACUUUGUAUCUGUCCUGGGAGACCACUGGUCGUCCGCGAUGCCCAAGAUCCCCGAAGUUCCCACCAAAGGCGUCACUCUCUUUUCACUUCUCCGUCAAGUGUACGACUCGCCCGACUUGGUGCCCGCGCUGCCAUACGUUCCGAGCGACGCUAGCGGCGCGGGAAUCUACCAGGUCCUCCACUCUGCCACCCGCACUCAUGCGCUGCGCAACUUGUACUCCAAGUGGUCCAUCGACACGACCUUGGAAGGCGCUGCGUUUGAUGCCGAGAUCAACAGACGCGUCGAGGAAGCUUACUGGCAGUCGGUGCUGCUCACCGUUGGUCUCGGGCGCACCGGCCGUGAGCCCCGGGUCGAUUUCUUCCUGGUGCACGCCCUCACCAGCGCCAUUGUCUUGCCCCGCCUGCUCGAUGUACUGCCACAGAAGCUGCACAAAGUUCAGAUGCUGCAGGGCUAUGCCCGUUCUUCAGCUGCUUGGGUUCUCGCGCGUGGACGGCCGCGCAUCAAUCCUACGCUGCUCAUGUCGUAUCCCAAAGACCCGGCUCCCGCGAGCCUGAAGACUAGCAAUGUCACAGAUCCAUGGACGCCGAUCAUCACCAACGCACUCCGCUUCGAUGAUUCGCACAUCAUAAAGACCAUCCGCGCAUUGUAUUACGGACAGAUCCAUUACGGCAAAGUUGCCGCAGGCCAGGUCAUCGGUACGUUCAAUGAAACUGGCAAGGAGACCCAUCCGGGUCUUGCGCAGAUUGACGGCACGGUUUGGAUCCGCGCGGCGGGUGUCCUCCACUCAGCCCUCGGAUGGUCGUCGUUCAACAAUGCGGCUGCCAAGUGGGAUCGCAGUGGGCUUGGCUGGGACGCAGCGUGGGAAUAAGUGCUGGGCGUUAUCUUCGACCUGGCCUCACUUUAACAAGCAUGUAUUUGGCCAAAUUUGUCUGAAAUGAUAUAUCAACGACCUUUUCUGGAAGUCCGAAUCUCCAU